AUGAACGCUUCAUUCCUGUUCGUCCUUCUCCUGGCCGCUAUCGCCUUCACAGCGAACGCGCAAUGCGGCCGCUCAUGCCGGUUCCGCUUCUGCCGCGCUGAUGGCUCCAUGCGUCCCAAGGGUGCGAAGAUCCUUCUCCGCGGGCCAGACUACUCCCGCUCAGCAUUCAUCUGCCGUAACUUCCCCGGCGGGAGAACGCUCGGCAACGUUCGCACCACUGGCGCGGCGCUCAUUGAAUCAGGCUCAGGCACCACGCCGAUCAACAGGUACCGGCCCAAUGGACUGAGACCCGCGUUCCCGAGAAACUACUUCCGUCUGACGCCUCUGACAUUCCAGCGCGACCGCAAGGGCGUCGCUCGUCGUGGCGCCAUGGGUAACCAGGAGGAGUUCCUCGACGACCUCUGCAUCCGUCUUCCGAUCCGCAACUACAACAUUCAGAACACGGAUGGGUCUGUGUUCCGGACGAUCUCGACGUCGGACGCCAGGGACUGCCUUUCAUUCCGGACGGUUGUGCGGCCGAUCGUGGUGGACGUGGCGUGGGAUUCGUCCGAUGACUUCGACCUUUCCGUUAUUGGUCCCCCUGGAUCUGUAGGAGGCCGUAUCAAUGACAACUUGGUGGCCGCGUGCGGCGACUCUCCGGCCGGCAAGGAAGCUGUGUCCUUCGAAAACAUGGUUCGAGGGAAGUACACGGUCACGCUGUUCCACUUCAACAACUGCUUCAAUAAGCGUACGAAGUGGGUGGUGAACGUUGUGGUCAACGGGGUAAGGAUUCAACGCAGGUUGGGGCGGUCGAAUUCGGACGGCAGGAGGGUUCUCGAGCUCGAGUUCACCGUCUAA